AAUGGUCUGGCUUAGUCUACACCUCGAAAGAUCUAAUGCGUCCCCUAAAAGUGUUCAGAAAGCAUAUUCGCACUUACACGCCGCCAACAUGCUCCACGCGAGGAACCAGCAGCAGUAGUGGCUCAACCAAACAAUCUUUGCGAGAAGAGGCGCCGCAGAUCCCGGAAAAGGCGUCUCAUGAGACGCUGUGUUCGCCAGCAUGUGAUGAAUAUAAUACUGAGUGUUCGCAGUGUGAUUACAAGUGUGAAUCUGCUGAUAUCCUAAAUAAACAUGUGUUAAUACACAGUGGAAAAGAACUGUUGGAGUGUUCAGAGAGUAGGAAAAGAUUUGCUGACAGUGAUAAGUUGAAGGAAACCCAAAAAAUAGAAUCAGGAGAAAGGCCGUUCGAGCGUUCCGAGUCUGGGAAAAGGUUUAAAGAAAAUGGUGAUCUGAAGAAACACCAGAGGAUUCACUCAGGUGAAAAGCCGUUCAAGUGUUCCGAGUGUGGAAAAAGAUUUAGUGAAAGUGGUUCUCUGAAGAAACACCAGAGGAUUCACUCAGGAGAAAAGCCGUUCGAGUGUUCCGAGUGUGGCAAAAGGUUUAGUCAAAGUGGUCAUCUGAAGAAACACCAGAGGAUUCACUCAGGAGAAAAGCCGUUCGAGUGUUCCGAGUGUGGCAAAAGUAGUCAAAGUGGUCAUCUGAAGACACACCAGAGGAUUCACUCAGGAGAAAAGCCGUUCAAGUGUUCCGAGUGUGGAAAAAGAUUUAGUGAAAGUGGUUCUCUGAAGAAACACCAGAGGAUUCACUCAGGAGAAAAGCCGUUCGAGUGUUCCGAGUGUGGAAAAAGAUUUAGUGAAAGUGGUUCUCUGAAGAAACACCAGAGGAUUCACUCAGGAGAUAAGCCGUUCGAGUGUUCCGAGUGUGGCAAAAGGUUUAGUCAAAGUGGUCAUCUGAAGAAACACCAGAGGAUUCACUCAAGAGAAAAGCCGUUCGAGUGUUCUGAGUGUGGAAAAAGGUUUAAUCAAAGUGUGUCAUCUGAAGCACACCAGAGGAUUCACUCAGGAGAAAAGCCGUACGAGUGUUCCGAGUGUGGAAAAAGAUUUAGUGAAAGUGGUUCUCUGAAGAAACACCAAAAGAUUCACUUAGGAAAAAAGCCGGAAAAGCCGUUCGAGUGUUCCGAGUGUGGAAAAAGGUUUAAUCAAAGUGGUCAUCUGAAGGCACACCAGAGGAUUCACUCAGGAGAAAAGCCGUUCGAGUGUUCGAGUGUGAAAAAGUUUAGUGAAAGUGGUUCUCUGAAGAAACACCAGAGGAUUCACUCAGGAGAAAAGCCGUUCGAGUGUUCCGAGUGUGGAAAAAGGUUUAGUCAAAGUGGUCAUCUGAAGAAACACCAGAGGAUUCACUCAGGAGAAAAGCCGUUCGAGUGUUCGAGUUGUGGAAAAAGAUUUAGUGAAAGUGGUUCUCUGAAGAAACACCAAAAGAUUCACUUAGGAAAAAAGCCGUUCGAGUGUUCCGAGUGUGGAAAAAGAUUUAGUGAAAGUGGUUCUCUGAAGAAACACCAGAGGAUUCACUCAGGAGAAAAGCCGUUCGAGUGUUCCGAAUGUGGGAAAAGGUUUAAUCACAAUAGUCAUCUGAAGACACACCAGAGGAUUCACUCAGGUGAAAAGCCGUUCGAGUGUUCCGAUGUGGGAAAAGGUUUAAUCAGUGGUCAUCUGAAGGCACAUCAGAGGAUUCACUCAGGAGAAAAGCCGUUCGAGUGUUCUGAGUGUGGAAAAAGAUUUAGUGAAAGUGGUUCUCUGAAGAAACACCAGAUUCACUCAGGAGAAAAGCCGUUCGAGUGUUCCGAGUGUGGCAAAAGGUUUUCAAGUGGUCAUCUGAAGAAACACCAGAAGAUUCACUCAGGAGAAAAGCCGUUCGAGUGUUCUGAGUGUGGAAAAAGGUUUAAUCAAAGUGGUCAUCUGAAGACACACCAGAGGAUUCACUCAGGAGAAAAGUCGUUCGAGUGUUCGUGUGGAAAAAGGUUUAAUCAAAGUGGUCAUCUGAAGAAACACCAGAGAAUUCACUCAGGAGAAAAGCCGUACGAGUGUUCCGAGUGUGGAAAAAAAUUUAGUGAAGUGGUUCUCUGA